CCACAAUGAAAGGCGGAACACCUUCCUGCACCCAGUGACGGGACAGCUCCCCGAGGACACCUCGAGGCUUGACUUGCCAAAACACAGCUCGGACAUGUCCAGCAAGGCGGGCAGCAAGCGGCCGGCCACCGUCCCCAGCGAGCCCCCCAACCACGCCAUGGUGGCCGAGGUGCCCCCGGAGCGCCCCGGAGGCCGGGCUCCGCGCUCAUCCCGCAAGGGCAUCGCCUUCGGGAAGCGCUCCAACUCCAUGAAGAGGAACCCCAACGCCGCCGUCACCAAGAGCGGCUGGCUCUACAAGCAGGCCAGCUCGGGGGUGAAGCAGUGGAACAAGCGCUGGUUCGUGCUGGUGGAUCGCUGCCUCUUCUACUACAAAGACGAGAAGGAGGAGAACAUCCUGGGCAGCAUCCCCCUGCUCAGCUUCCGCGUGGCCGCCGUGCAGCCCUCGGACAACAUCAGCAGGAAGCACACGUUCAAGGCCGAGCACGCCGGCAUCCGCACCUACUUCUUCAGCGCCGAGAACACGGAGGAGCAGGAGGCCUGGAUCCAGGCCAUGGGCGAGGCCGCCCGUGUGCAGAUCCCGCCCAGCCAGAGGCACGAGAAGCCGGACUCGGAGAACAUCCCCCCCAGCAAACACCACCACCACCACCAGCACUGCAACGCCGCGCACCGCGAGCACGCCAAGGCCGAGCCCGACGCCAGGACCCGCGGCGAGGGCGACGGCCGCGGCUCGGAGAAGAUGGAGCGCAAGCCGUCGGAGCGGGCGGACGGCAAGAAGGAGCCUCUGGCCAAAGCCAACGGCCUGGGCGGGCAGGAGCCGCCCUCGGAGCCGGGCAGCCCCUACCCCGAGGGGCCGCGGGCGCCGGCGAGCGCCGAGCGGCCGGCGCAGCCCAACGGGUGGCCGUACCCCUCGCCCAGCCGGCCCGGCAGCACCGCCUUCCCCCCGGCGGGGGACGGCGAGAGCGGGGCCCAGCGCCGCGCGUCGCCCCCCCGGUCCCACCCCGAGAAGGUGGCCCAGCGCAAGAGCUCCAUGACGCAGCUGCAGCAGUGGGUGAACUCGCGCCGCGCCACCGCGCCCGCCGAGGAGCUGCGCAGCCCCAGCAGGUUCUACCCCGUAUCCCGCCGGGUGCCCGAUUAUUACUCGCCCUACUCGCCGCAGUACCCCGAGGAGUACCAGUACUACCCGCCGGGCGUGCGCCCCGACAGCAUCUGCUCCAUGCCCGCCUUCGACCGCGUCAGCCCCCCGUGGGCGCUGGAGGACAAGCGCCACUCCUUCCGCAACGGGGGUCCCUUCCACCCCGCCUUCGGCCGCCAGGACGUGCCGCUGUGGCUGCCGGCGCCCGCCAGGCCGCCGAGCUACCUGGACGAGGUGGACGCGGCCUCGGGCUCGCUGCGGAGGAUGUCGCUGCAGCCGCGCUCGCGCUCGGUGCCGCGCUCGCCCAGCCAGGGCUCCUACGGCCGCGCCAGGGUUUACUCGCCCGUGCGCUCGCCCAGCGCCCGCUUCGAGCGGCUGCCGCCCCGCGGGGACGAGAUCUACGCCGAGCCCGCCAGCUUCGUGAUGCGCAGGUCCAUCAGCUCGCCCAAGUACGAUUACCUGGGUGACCGGCGGCCCGUCCCGCCCGGGGUGUACCCCUACCACUUCCCGGCGUCCCCCACCAUCCACGACAAAAUGGAUGAACUUUUAGACCUUCAGUUGCAAAGAAACCUAGAAUAUUUGGACCAGCAGAUGAGCGAGAGCGAGACCCUCAUCACUAUGGUGAACAGGAUGGUGGAGACCUCCUCCCCUAGGGCCCAGCUCUACAUGCAAGUGACGCCGUUCCCGGAGCCCUACAGGGACACCCUGCAGCCCUACAAGAUCAGCGAGCAGGACACCGAUAAGCUGCUGGGGAAGCUCUGCGAGCAGAACAAGGUGCUGCGGGAGCAGGAGCGGCUGGUGCAGCAGCUGCGGGCUGAGAAGGAGAGCCUGGAGAGCGCCCUGAUGGGCACGCACCAGGAGCUGGAGAUGUUCGGGAGCCAGCCCGCCUACCCCGAGAAGCUGCUGCACAAGAAGGAAUCGCUGCAGAACCAGCUCAUCAACAUCCGCGUGGAGCUGUCCCAGGCCAGCACGGCCCUGGCAAACAGCACGGCCGAGUACGAGAGCCUGGAGAGCGAGGUGUCCACCCUGCACGAUGACCUCUGGGAGCAGCUCAACCUGGACAUCCAGAACGAGCUGCUGAACCGGCAGAUCCAGAGGGAGAUCUGGCGCAUCCAGGACGUGAUGGAGGGGCUGAGGAAGAACAACCCCUCCCGAGGCACCGACACGGCCAAGCACAGAGUGGCCCUGGGCCCCUCGGGCACGUACAGCUCCAACAGCCCUGCCAGCCCGCUGAGCUCUGCCAGCCUCACCAGCCCCCUGAGCCCCUUCUCCCUCAUCUCCGGCUCCCAGGGAUCGCCCACCAAGCCCGGCCCCGGCGAGGAACCGGGCCCGCCUCGGCCUCCCCUCCCCAAGUCCUACGUGCCCCUGGAGCCUCCUCCGGCCGUGCCCCCGCUGCCCAGCGAGAGCCGCCUCCGGCCGCACCCCGCCUCCCCCUCCUGGCAGCGCGGAGAGGCCAGGCGGGGACAGCCCAAGCCCGGCUCGGAGCCCAGCCUGAAGGAGCCGCCCCGGCCCAGCGGCCCCGGCCCCGCUCCCGAGGCGCUCCCGCAGGGCCGGCCGGAGCACGACGGCGACAAACAGGCGGCGACAAACAAGGUGGGAAUCGUCCCCCCCAGGACCAAAUCUCCGGCGGAGGAGGAGGCGGUGCCCAGGAGGAACGGGCUGGCCAACGGGCUGGGCUCCCGGGAGAGACCCAAGAGCGCCGCGUUCGCCGCCGAGACCAAGGUGAAGAUGAGCGUGGAGGAGCAGAUGGACCGCAUGAAGCGGCACCAGAGCGGCUCCAUGAAGGAGAAGCGGCGCAGCCUGCAGCUCCCCGGGCCCCAGCCCGACCCCCCCGGCACCAAAACCCCCUCCUCCUACAAGGUGGUGCGGCGACACCGCAGCAUCCACGAGGUGGACAUCUCGGACCUGGAGGCCGCGCUGCGCUCCGACGAGCCCGGCAGGGUGUACGAGACGCCGCAGGAGGAGAUCGCCCGGCUGCGCAAGAUGGAGCUGGAGCCGCAGCACUACGACGUGGACAUCAGCAAGGAGCUGUCCACGCCGGACAAAGUCCUGAUCCCCGAGCGCUACGUGGAGCUGGAGCCCGAGUCGCCCCUCAGCCCCGAGGAGAUGAAGGAGAAGCAGAAGAAGGUGGAAAGGAUCAAGACUCUCAUUGCCAAGUCCAGCCUGCAGAACGUCAUCCCCCUGGGCGAGGGGGAGGUGGACGCCCCCCAGGACCCCGAGGUGCAGCUGCAGGAGCAGGAGAAGAGGAUCGAGAUCUCCUGUGCCCUGGCUGCCGAGGCCUCGCGGCGCGGCCGGAUGCUCUCGGCUCAGUGUGCCACCCCCAGCCCUCCCACCUCCCCAGCCUCCCCGACUCCACCGACCAACCCCCUCUCGUCCGAGCCGCCCCGGGCCGACGGCAGCCACCUCAUGCGGGUGUGAGCCUGUGACCUCAAGCCCUGGCUGCUGCCGGCGCCGUCAAGUUCCACGGGGCCACGUUUUAGUCCCCUCCUGAGGUGACACCGGACCUCUCGCCACCGUCCUCGGCUCUCCCGGACCCCCUUCCCUCCCUCCGGCGGCGACAGCAGCGGGACAGGCGGCACCCCCGGGAGCCCUGUCCCGAGGAGGCGGGCGGGGGCCGCGGUUGUCCCCAAGGAGCCCCCAGGGCUGUCAGCGGCCACCGGGACACACCCGGACAGCCGGGACUGUGGCCACAGGGACAGCUGGGACAGUGGCCACCAGGAUAAAGCUGUGACAGCGGCCACCAGGGCACACUCAGACAGCCAUGACAGUGGCCACCACGACAGCUGUGACAGUGGCCACCAGGACACACCUGUGACAGUGGCCACCAGGACACAGCUGUGACAGUGGCCACCAAGACACACCCAGUCAGCUGUGACAGCGGCCACCAGGGCAGCCAUGACAGUGGCCACCAGGAUAAAGCUGUGACAACGGCCACCAGGACAGCCAUGACAGUGGCCACCAGGAUAAAGCUGUGACAACGGCCACCAGGACAGCCAUGACAGUGGCCACCAGGACAGCUGUGACAGUGGCCACCACGACAGCUGUGACAGUGGCUACAAGGACACAGCUGUGACAGUGGCCACCAGGACACACCUGGACAGCUGUGACAAUGGCCACCAGGACAGCCAUGACAGCAGCCACAGGGACACACCCAGACAGCUGUGGCAGUGGCCACCAGGACACAGCUGUGACAGUGGCCACCAGCCCAGUGGCGAGCGCAGCACUCCUGGGACGGCCCCCAAGGCCUGUGAAGGGGCUCUUGGGGUGGGGACCCGCCUGUCCCCACCGCGGAUGGUGCUGCCACCUCCCAGCAGACCCGGAUGUGCCCCCCGGCUCCUCGGGCACCAUUUCCCCUCCCUGAGCCCUGACCCUGGUUUUGGAACCCGUCUGUGUCACCAGCGGAGGGAG